UAGCCAAUGGUGUUUUCUCGCAGGCUCCCGUAUGCAAAUCAGCUGUGCAGGGCUGCAUUCCUGCACAACCCAACGGCAGUAAAAGCAGCCCGUAGCUUGGAGAUCCAUUCAUAUCACACCAGCGGUGUGUUUGCGACCUUACAGGAGCUACACGUCCCGACAUCAUCCAAAAGAUUCGCGUUCCUUAAGCUGCUAAAAAUAAUACGACCGAUCGUGCAGACGAACUAAAAGUACCGUGUCUACACGUGACCAGACGCGGGACGUGUGUCGGAGUGCCCGAAUUGUGCAGCUUAAAAGUUUGUAAAGGACAAGUGUGUUUGCGGUGACUCGUGUUUACUGACAAGCUUGUGAGUGCAAGUCUUACAUUUUAAUGUGGACUCUUUAAAAAAAAGUGCACUGAAACUCUCCUCAUCGCCGCAGGACGCACGGACGCAGACAGACAAGCGCGCGCUGUCCAGACUAACAACAGUCUAAUCCCCAUCUGCUGAAAACACUUUUAUAGACUCGGCUUUACACGGAGCUCAAAGGGAAAAGCCUCAUAUAAGGAUACCAAUGGUUUUCCUUUGGGACGCCAAAUACGACCAGGCCCCCCACCGCCGCUUCACACCGCCCUCCUCCAGCCUGGGCACCGGGAAGAUGACCGACACUCUCCCCGCGAUGGGAGCGCACGAGGGCGGCGGCGGGAAACUGCGCAUGUGUGACCGCAGCAUGGAGGUCCUUUCCGAGCACCCGGGAGAGCUCGUGCGCACCGACAGUCCCAACUUCCUGUGCUCUGUGCUGCCCACACACUGGCGCUGCAACAAGACUCUGCCCAUCGCCUUCAAGGUGGUUGCCCUUGGCGACAUCCCUGAUGGAACGCUGGUGACAGUGAUGGCAGGAAAUGAUGAGAAUUACUCAGCUGAACUCCGCAAUGCCACAGCAGCCAUUAAGAACCAGGUGGCCCGUUUCAAUGACCUGCGCUUUGUGGGUCGCAGCGGAAGAGGGAAGAGUUUUACUCUCACUAUCACGGUAUUCACAAACCCCCCUCAAGUGGCCACCUAUCAGAGAGCCAUCAAGAUUACGGUGGACGGACCGAGAGAACCCCGCCGUCAUAGACAAAAGCUGGAAGAAGCUGUGAAGCCAGGAGCACUGGCCUUCUCCGAGCAGUUGAGGAGGAGUGCCAUGCGGUGCAGUCCUCACCAGGCCUCUGCACCCAAUCCCCGCCCCACCCUGAACACGCCUCCCUUCAGUAGCCCCGCCCACAGCCAAAUACCUGACUCCAGGCAAAUGCAGACGUCUCCGUCCUGGUCUUAUGAGCAAUCCUAUCCUUACCUUGGCGCUAUUUCUGCACCGGCUAUUCACCCGACGACGCCCAUCUCUCCCAGCCGCAACCCCAUACACUGUUCAGACCUAUUCAGUGACCCGCGUGUCGGUCUGGAGCGCCCCUUCUCCUCCAUCCCCUCCCUGCCAGACAACCGCUUCACUGAUCCUAGAGUCCCCUACCCCACAGCAGCCUUCACCUACACUCCUACCCCUGUCACCAACGCCAUAGGCAUCGGCAUGUCAGCUAUGACUGCGUCGGCUGGCCGCUACCACACUUACUUACCUCCUCCCUACCCUGCUGGCUCCUCCCAGGGCCAGAGUGGACACUUCCAGGCCAGCACUUCACCCUAUCACCUCUACUACAGCAGCGCUACAGGGUCGUACCAAUUCUCCAUGAUGUCUGGAGGAGGUGGGGGGGAGCGUUCGCCACCUAGGAUCCUGCCACCCUGCACCAGCGCCUCGACAGGCUCAGCCCUCCUCCACCCCUCACUGCCCAAUCAGAAUGACAUUGUUGUAGAUGCAGAGGAAAGCCACAGCAGCUCUCCAACCAGCAUGUCUGCUGAGGCGGUGUGGAGGCCAUACUGACCACCAAAGUUACUGAACACUGGUCUGACAAUAUGAAGUGGACAGUUGAUGGAGCGGUGCAUGGACUCAACUUUCCACAGCAUGAGACUCAGAUUUGUUUUUCUUAAGAUAAUUAAGGAUAAUUUGUUGUUGUUGUUGUUAUUAUUGUUUUUAUUAUUAUUAUUAUUAUUAUUAUUAUUAUUAUUAUUAUUAUUAUUAUUAUUACACCAGCUCCUUCUCUUUCUAAACAAAUACACUGACAUGGCACUGUCAUAAAACUUGAAUCUGAAGAAUUAAAUCAUCAUAGGUGAAAAAUAUUAGCCAGAAAAUGUAGAUCUGCCAAAAUAACAGCUUGCAUACUAGGAACUACUCAUUUGUGGCAAACAAUUAUGGAUUUCACGUGACUGCCGGUUAUUUACAAUGACUGGAUAAGCGUUCAGCUGAGACCCGGCAGUACUGAAAUUUCCGACGAUAACAUGCAGACAUGUGUGUGUCCUGCGCUCACAGCACCAACACUGGUUGAUUCCUAUUUGCAUUUAAUAGCUAAAUGAGACAUGGAGCUCUGUUGCACAUGCAAUCCCAGGUUUAUGAGGCUUUACCUCAUCAGUCACUGCCUUUUAAGGUCCUCUUACACUGCAAAUCCCGUCUGUGUUUCAGGGACAAGUUUUCCUGUAACAAAGAGUUCACCUACUUUUAUGUAAAUAGACUGUAAACUGCUUGUUGAUAUCACUGGUUGGUUGAUGUUGACAGUGUCUUUGAAUUCCACACCUUGAGAAAACUAGAAAUGCUCCAUAGCCUAUAUGUUUUUUUAGUACUGCUUUAUUUUGUGAAUGUAAACCUUGUGAAGAAGCUGACUGUUUAUAGACAA